AAAAUCAGAGUGAUAGAAAUGAAAGUAACAAAUAGUUUGUACAUUUGUGUUUAAAAAAGUAAUUAGUCUGAGAAUAAAAUUCAGGAAGGAUAAGACUUGUAGGCGGGAGGCAUACUAGGCUGAAUGUUUUGACUGGCACAUCUGCCAUCGUUUCAAAGCUGCAUUUUUUAAGUUGAUACAGAGAUUGAGAACCUGAAGGGUUAAGUACGUGGGAGUGGCAACAUUCAGGAUGUACUGAAAUGUUUGUUUUAGCAGGAAGCUUUUUUGCCUGUAAAUGAUUUUACAGUAUUCAGCCUUCAUUUACUUAACUGUGCUGUUAUUUUUCAUUGUGACCUGCCUGGGACCAGCACAAAGCAAACAUGGCUGUAGACACAAGCCUCCUUGCCGUAAUUUCAUUGCUUUCUGCCAUGCAGCAAGUUUACUUCAUUAAAUGUUUGAGAAGGUGCAGGACAAAGCCUAACACUACGUCUCCGGCUUCUUCAGGAAAUGAAGAGUUUGACAGUACGUUUGAAGCAAAACUUCAAAGCAUUGUGGGUGGUUACCCUGCUUUCUUGGUUUGCUUCUGGAUUGCUGGGUGGUUUGUCAGUCAAGGUGUAGCUGCUGUGCUUGGUCUGGUAUAUAUGUGUGGAUAUCAUUGGCGAUUCUGUAUGCAUACAGCCAAAGAAAGGUCAUCAGACUUUUACCUGAGUGACAAAGCUCUACAAAUCUUAGCAGUCAUUGGUGCAGUAGGCGUUUUCACUGCUUUACUGGAUGAAUAUCUUGACUUCAACAUUAUGAAGAAAAUAUACAAACUCUUUUGAAGAAGGAAGAACUUCCUUUCCACAGUCAUGAUUUUGUCAGCAGUAACAGUUAUUUCAAUGAGUUGUGUUAAGAUAUUUAUUUGAUUCUCACUUUUGAAGGGAAAUUCUCUAGGCUUAAAAUAGCUUGCAAGGGCUGCUAGCCUAGCACUUACCCAUGAACCUAAGGCUAAAUUAUGCAGGUGGUCCCCUCGUUUUUUCAAUAACAGACCUAUAGAUAGGGUAAUGACAUAUAUUUGUCUUACUUCAACAGUCUAAUAGCAUUUUCAGUAUGAGGUCCUCUUUCUUUUACAUAGCUUUACGAGGACAGUAAUACACACUAUCAAUACAAGGUACCUACUAUUAUUCUAAUUGAUUAUCUGGAUGCUGAGGUUCCCCGCAAAUCUAUAUUUUUUUUCUGUAACAUAGAUUAACCAGUGACAGGAACAUGGUACAUAUUUUAAUGAGAGUCACUUUAUAGUAUGAAAUGUUUUUGAAUAUUUAUAAUGUCCAGCAGAAUGUUCAAUAAAGACAAAGCAAUUGGGAUGUGUGACCUGA